CCCCCAUUCAUUAUUCCCACAUCAACAACCACUCAGACACAACAAUGGCAGCCGCAACGACCGCAGCAAAACGACCCGCCCCCUCAAAUUCCGACCCCCAGUCCCAAACCACCGCAACUCCAGCACCUCUGUCAUUCCCCCGCCCAAUCUUCGCAGCGCUGUCCCCCCACCCUUUCCUCCGCGCACACCUCACAUCCACCGCACCCGUAGCAGACAGGAAAUCCGGCGCCAAGGGAGCCUCGAAGCGACAAGGCAUCCGCGCCAAUGGGCGCACGCCGAGCGAAUCCCGCACGCCGCAGGUGCAUACGGGGUCCCUGACGCACUGCAACGGCAGCACCGUGGUGCGUUUGGGAAACACGGUCGCGGUGUGCGGUGUCCGGGCGGAGAUUCUGAAAGCGGAGGCCGACGUGGAGGUUACCGAGAAGGUAGACGAAGAUGAAGAUGGUGGUGAUGAUGAUGAUGCGGAAGAAGAGCUUCGCGCGCUGGGCCUCCUGGUGCCCAACUUCGAAAUCAGCACGGGUAGCACGCCGCUCCUCCUACCGGGCAAUGCGCCGAGCGCGUUUGCGCAGACGUUGACGGCGAGGGUGCGGAAUCUGCUGCUGGCGACCAAGGUGGUGCGCAUGAGGGAUUUGCGUAUCUUGUAUACGCCGUCGAUUGAUGAGGAGGGUGUGGGAGGUACGAGGCGGAAGGUUGUGAAGGGGUACUGGACGCUGUACAUCGAUACGCUGUUCGUCUCGCUCGACGGCUGCGCGUUCGACGCUGCGUGGCUUGCUAUUCUAGCUGCGCUGAGGGAUACGCGCCUGCCGCGUGCGUAUUUCGAUGAGGAGUUUGAGGAUAUUUUGUGUGAUGACGAUCCGGCACAGGCGAGGCGGUUACGACUUAGGGGGUUGCCGGUGCCGAGUUCGUUCGCGGUGUUCGAGGCGGGGGAGACCGGGGAUGAGGAUGACGAUGAGGAGGGAGCGGAUAAGAUGUGGAUUCUGAGUGAUCCGGAUGCGUUUGAGGAGCAGGUGUGUAGGGAGGCGGUGUGUGUGGUUGUGGAUCUGGAUCGGCGGACGGGAGGGAGGGGGAUGGUUGUGAGGAAGAUUGAGAAGAGUGGUGGUGGGGUUGUUGGGAGGAGGGAGAUGCGGGGUUUGGUGGAGAUGGCGUGGGAGAGGUGGAAGGUUUGGAGGGAGGUGUUGGGGGCGUAG